UCAAACAAAAUAAAUUGUCAAAUUAUCAUCACUUUUUCCGAGAGGCGUACAUUAAUUUACAUUUUCUGUGUUAAAUUGCUGUGAAUAAUCUAUUAAAAUGUUAGCUUUGAUCAAUCGUAUCCUUGAUUGGUUCAAAAGCUUGUUCUGGAAGGAGGAGAUGGAACUCACUUUGGUCGGAUUGCAGUAUUCGGGAAAGACAACUUUUGUUAACGUCAUUGCUUCUGGUCAAUUCAGUGAAGAUAUGAUUCCUACUGUUGGCUUCAACAUGCGUAAAAUAACUAAGGGAAAUGUCACAAUCAAGGUUUGGGAUAUUGGUGGUCAGCCAAGGUUCCGCUCCAUGUGGGAGAGGUACUGCCGGGGAGUCAAUGCUAUUGUGUACAUGGUAGACGCGGCAGAUCAGGAUAAAAUCGAGGCGUCUCGCAACGAGCUGCACAGCCUUCUGGAGAAGCAGCAGCUGACUGGGAUCCCGGUGCUGGUGCUUGGCAACAAGCGAGACCUGCCGCACGCACUCGACGAGCACGGCCUCAUUGAGAGAAUGAAUCUAUCAGCUAUCCAAGACCGUGAGAUCUGCUGUUACUCAAUCUCGUGCAAAGAAAAGGAUAACAUAGAUAUCACCUUACAGUGGCUUAUCCAACACAGUAAGUCCGGCAGCGCACGCUAAACGCCCCGGCUACGGGCUGGCUCGUAAACACAGCGACCGCAUAUGUAUACGCGUCGGUCGUUUCAGUAGUCCUGCAUACUCAUACUUGGAAUUAUAGAUAUAUGUAUAUUGUAAAUAGUAUAUCUAUAAUUUUGUAAUAUUGGAGUUAACACAAUAGAGUAUAGUGCGGAAAAUUCACACCUUAAAGUACUUUUAAUAUAAAGCAAUUCGUUCUAAUGCAAUACAGUACAAUCUAGCUUGCGCGUUCACUCGGCCUCGUUAUCGCUCAAGUAGACGCUAGUACAAGUUUUCGUCUCUUUCUCAGUCGCGCCGUAUAAUUUAGGGUCCUUGAGGUCCCGUCGGUCGAGCGCGCGCAAGUACCGAAGAAAGAAAAAUACAUAUUCUAUCUUUAAUAUAGUCUAUUCUCUUAAUAUACGUAUACUUUUAUCUGUAUAUUAACAGAAUAGACGUCUUUGGGCUUGAUUAUGUAACACUGUUGCUAUUGUUUCUAAUUUUGACCAGGUUGAUUGCAGAGCCAUUUGACCUUGUUUCUGUCUGUAACUAUUAAAUGAUGCUUCAUUCAAUAAAAACUUUCAAUCUGUAUGAAAUAAGAAACCAUUGCAACAGUGUUACAUAAUGAACUCCAGGUGUAACUUGUGUCUGAUUUAAUUAACAUUUAUGGGAGGUUGACACAUUGUUUUAAGUUUAACAUUUAUAUAACUAAUCGCCUUAAUCUUAAAAGUUAGAACAAAAGCAUUUUAGCUGUUGAAAUGACUUGUCUCUUUCCUUCAAAUGAAGAAACUAGUUUCAAUGAAAAAGACAAAAUUGUUAGCGAAAUAGGCUUAGACGUUCGAUAUUUUUAUGAAUAAGGGGUAUUUUUCAUUAUUGAUAUUGUUUCUCGGGUCUUUUUGUCUCGAAAUUUGAGCAAAGCUUAUGACCACGGCUAGUGCAACCUACUCGAUACUUUGAGUGAGGUAAAUAUUUAAUUUAAUAUAAAAUCAUACGUGUUAUUAGUAUGUGUAUAUCCAGCGGAUGAAGAGUACGUUAACCAUUACGCCAACAAUAAACAAUGUUUCUGCCUAUCCAACAGCCGUGAAAGUAUAUAUAUAUAUAGCUGUACCCGCGGAUUCACACGCGUGAAAUAUAUAGCCUAUGUGUUAUUCUGCAUAUAACUUAUUAAGUUUCAUUAUGAUCCACUGAGUUGUUUUUCUUUAAAGAGUAAUAAACAUCCAUCCAUCCAUGCGUCACAGACUUAUAAUAUUAGUCAGAUUUGUGUUAAUACCCGAUAAACAAUGUUAACAAUGUAUACUAAAGAAAAAGAUAAUAUGUACUAAAGAUUAAAAGUUACUAUAUGUUUUAUUGUUAACUGAAAGACCAGUGUAUGUAUAGAUUGAAGUCUUGUACAGGAAUUGUUGAAACGAUUGAUGUGUGGUCAUAUAAGUGGCGAAUGAGGCGUAAUCAUAAAUACCAAUUGUAUAUGGACUUAUUGCGUUACUAUUUAUAUAAUACACUAGCUGUGCCCGCGUUUUCACCAGCGUUUAAUUUGAAUAAAAAAUAUAGCCUAGAUGUUAUUCUGAUGCAUAAGCUAUAUUAUAGCUGUAAGCUUAAAAUACGUUCAGUAGCUUUUGAGUGAAAGAGUAACAAACAUCCAUACUCACAAACUUUCGAGUUUAUAAUAUUAAUACGAUAUAAUAAAAUUGCCGGGCCGUUUUCGUACAUUCGAUUAUAUCAAAAUAAGUUACAAAUUAAAUAAUAAAAUAAACGAGCUGUUUCCGUUAAACAUUAUAUCAUAGCAAGAAUGUACACGUUGUAUUUAUGUUACCAAAGUCAAAAAUAUAGUUUCUAGAUUUAUUAUCUAUGCGUUUGUGCACGCUAAUCUCAGAUAGGGCUUUACUGAAUUUUAGCAUGUUUUUAGUAACAUUUAAUGUAUAUCAUUCACAAUGCGAUCUUAACUCUUUUGUAUGUACAAAAGAGUUGUGUUAAUUGAAAUUAUACGCGCUAUGCUAGAAACGAUACGUACCGAGACCACGUGUAUGUAUAUAUUUGUUGUAUUUUAUUAAUUAUGGAGAAACGGUGUGGCCGUCUGUGAAAGUGAUCGUUGCAUUGUUAUGGAUGGACCAAUUGUGAAGUGAUUUGGAUUAGUUUGAGAUAUUUCUAUUUAUUUUACUUGUGCAUUCUAUCACUUUAUAGUAUGGAUAUAUCUUACUUUACUUACACUAUAUUGUUUUAUAUUUUAAAGUAAAAAAUAUUUAAAUUUUUAUU